GGGAUUAUGGCGAGCUCAAAGGUUGAAAGGAAUUCACUCUGAGAAACCUCUCAGAUCGUCCAGUAGUACACUUCGUUUCGAGUGCCUGUUCACAUCGUUAACUCACCUUUCCGAACACAAAACCCAGUCGAAAUGGCCUGCAAAAAGAAGACCAAGCUGUGGGAAUCAAUGGCCAAUGAUGAAAUGAAGACCACCACACAGGCGAUGCUCGAGGAGGGCGCCAAGGGGCUAAGAACGAUUUCCACGCAGCAAAAAAAGCUGGUCAACUUUCAGUCGUUCAAUAUGGAUGAUCCCCGUUAUGGAACAGCCGAUGUGGAUGACAACAAGGAACCUCCAAUGCUAUCGAGCUAUACACGGCAAUAUUCCCAGCCAUAUCCAAAUCGUUGUAAGCCCCUUGCUCCGAGCACAGAAACACCCGAUCCGGUAUUCAAUCGCAAGCCCAAAAACGAUUUUGAGUUCACUACGGGCCUGGAUUUUAAGUUCCUGGAUGACCACAUGCACAAUCUGUCCGAAACUCGCAAAAAAGUCAACUUCUUUAGGCAGUUAAGAAAUCAAUCAUUCCUUCUGUAUUAGCAUGCUAUAUGUCCAGUUACAAUGUCUAAAUAAAAAGUCUUGAUUAAUGCGCCUCGUCUACGGGGUAAACAAUUUGUAACAAUUUG